AAGAGUUACAAGGGUAUUUUCCAAAGUUACUCGCAGACUAGAGCAUGAAACUAGUAGCACAUUAACUAAGAAUAAAAAUAUUACUAAGUCAGGGGACAUCUUUAGACAACAUUUAACAAAAAAAUAUAUAUCAAAAGACCAUAAUAUGUUUUCAUCUCAUGAUAACACUACUUUGAAGAAAGGUACACCUCUUGAAAAAUCAAUGGGAGUAAAGAGACAUAAUAAGACCAAAAAGCAUAAAAAUGGGAACAAUACUCCAGAAUUUAGGGGACGCUUAUGUGAAAGCGACUCAUCAUCAUCAUCAUCAUUCAGUUCAGAUAUGGAUAAAAUUACAUGGAUGCAAGAGUUCAACGACCAUUGGAUGCAAAAGAAAUUUGAAGCACUUAAUUCGACACAGCCUCGAGGUGACGUCAUUAACAUGGUUGCCGCUAGACCAUGGGGAGUUUCUUGUGGAGAUCCGGAUCAACAUGACUUACCGUGGGGCUCUUGUACGCUACCAGGGGAAUGUGAGCCAGAAUACCGAAUAUAUCGUGGUGACUAUGCCUGUGGUAGAACUUCAUUCGUUUGUUGCACCCUAUUAAUGACCAAUUAUGACUUGUACCAAGGAUUGGACAUAUCUAUGGAAGUUAGUGGCAGCUCCACAGAUUCAGUUGAAGAAAAGGAACGAAAUGCAAAAGUGAUAGGUCAUCGAAAGCGUAAAAUGGAAAGAAUGCUCGUAAAGAGGAAAAGACGACAAAGAAAAAGAUUAGUCAGAGAUAAUGCCAAGCGUAUAGUGGUAGCAUUUAAGAAAAUACUUAACUCUGCUUAUAGGAACAGGUCAGCCGAGAGUAGAAAAAGGACACGGCAAUUGUUACAACUUAUAAAAAAGAUGAAGAAAGAGUUUAUGAAUGACCGCACAGAUCUUGUAAAACUACAUCACUAUGACAUAUUAAAGAUGGAUGAGAUGUUGCAAGCGAAAUUGAAUCAACUGCCAUUUGUGAAUACGGCUUUUAUGAUAAACGAUACUUAUAGAAAGAUUGUUACAAAUGAAAAGAUCGAUAGAGAAAAGCUGGUGCAAUUUCUACGAUCAAAACCGUUGAAGUAUUUUAUGAAAUUUUUCAAAAAUAAGCGAAAACUUAAAAGCGGUGAAAAUGUCAAGAUUGUGAAAAGGGCCAAUAAAAGAAAGCCUAAAAAACGGGACUUACGAAAGAAAAGAUUUCAAAAGCGAAUUUCUAAAAAACGGAAUUCCAAAAAACGAAAUUAUCCUCAUGCGAGGAGAAGGAGUGGUAUGGAUUUGAACUAUGGGCUGGAUGAAGGAGAGCAACAACUGGAGAAUGUUAAGCCUCAAAAUUUUUAUUAUGAUAUCGAAUAUGGCAUACUUUAUUACUAAAUAAUAAAAUUGUAAAUAUCAGUGUAAAAAUAU